UUCAUUUUCUCAAUCCUCGGGUCAACAAUAAUAAACCGAAGAGAAAAAUAAAACUCCACAGCCUACACCCAACCAAAAAUCACAAAAACAAUAAAAAAAAUAUAUAAUAAUGGGUGGCUGUGCGAGUAGACCCAAGGAAUCAGACAUGAACAACAACGAAGAAGGCUCUGUUCCUAAGCCUGUCUCUGAAACCGUAGUAGCCAAGGAGAACAACACAGAAAGCGGUGAGAAACAGAACCAGACAGAGACUGAAACCACCGAAACAACUUCCGUCGAAGCUAAGGAGACAUCUGAGGUCGAGCCGACCAAGGAAACAACUCAUGCUUCUGAACCAGAGGUUGCAGCCGUGGAAGAGUCUUCCUCUGCAGGUGAAGCAGCAGCACCUGAGAAAGUGGAGAACGUAGCGGCCGCAACAGAAAAGGUCGAUGAGGUUGUGGUAGCUGCACCAGAAAAGGUUGAGGUUGAGGCGGAAGCCGUGAAAACUGUUGAGGCUGAACCAGUAAAGGAGGAGAGUAAACAAGAAGAGAAAGAAGCUGUUGUCACCGCUUAAUGAUAUGAUUAAAUUUGUGAAAGAUAUUUGAAUGUCAUUGUUGUAUGUCACCUUGAUUUGAUUUGUUACUACCAGAUUGGUUUGGCUUUGUGUGUUCUUUGUAUUUCACAAUGAUUCUUCUUUAAUUCAAUUAAAUAUAAAUCAGUUUUGCUAAA